AUGCUUCUUCGAUUUUCCCUGCUAUUUUUAUUCUGUAUUUCUGGAAUUUCAAAUGCUCCGAACCCAAAUUGCUCAUCAAAUUCCUUUUGCUAUAAUCCAACGGAUUCCCAAAAAAUCACACUAACAAAAGUUGGAGAAAAUUUGAAGCUGAAAUUAUUUGAUGAAAAAUCUGAAAUUCAAAAAAUUCAGUUGAUUCAGAAAAAUGGAAAAUCAGUAGAAAUCGGUUGCUCAGCAGAAUCGGGAAAUUCGAAAAAUGAGGGAAAUGGAGCGAAAUCUUGUGAAGUCGAUCUGAAAGCGGAUCAGUUUGAAAAGAAUCUCCCCCUCUCCAUUCAUCUCUCCGAUUCCCAAUUUUCCGAUUCCUUUUCCCUGGAUUCUCUGGUCCCACCACUUCAACAAGGACUCACAAAGGACCAAAGAAGAAGUUUUUCGAAAGCUCAUGCUAUUUUAAUGAUCUUCGGAUGGCUUCUUUUUGUCCCAACCGGAUUUUUAUUUGCCCGAAUUGGAAAGGAUCUCUUCAAAGAUGAACUCUGGUUUGGAACGGCUGUCUGGUUCCAGGUCCACCGUGCUGCGAAUUUCAUGGGUGUUGUGUGCAUUUGUACUUCAAUGUUGUGCAUUUUCAUUUCCCAGCAAUGGACGUGGAAGGGAACUGGAUCAAAAUCCAAGUACUGGACUGAAGUACACACAGAUCUGGGUGUGAUUUCAUCGGUUCUAGCGGUGGCUCAGCCGAUCAAUAGUUUGUUCAGAUGCGGACCAACCCAUUCCCGUCGUAUCAUCUUUAACUGGGCCCAUCGUAUCACUGGAAUCGUCGCUUAUACCCUUGCUCUCACCGCCAUCAUUAUUGCCGCCGUUCAAUUCAAGCGCAUCUGGAAUGAGCCACUAUUGGAGCUGGUGCUCGUUUGUUUGCCGAUUGUUAUUUGCUUGGUGGUCACAAUUGUUUUUACCCUUUUGGAAAGUGAUCGAUUCAGGGACAAGGCUGCGUUUGGGGACUCCAUGGAAGAUGCACUGAUAACUGUCACCGAUGAGGACUCAAAACCCAUUCGGAAGCCCCACAUCCUCAAGCUUCCAGCAGUUUUCUGGGCGGUCGGAGUGUUCUUCUGCAUUGCUGUCGCACUUUCUCUUCUCGUUGUUAAUGGAUAUAAAAAUUGA